AUGCAUCAAACCACCCUCGACCGCCUCUUUGUGCCUGUGGCCUCGGUGGGUGUGUCGAACGAGGCCGACAAUUCGCGUAAGGCAACGAAAAAGGUAACUACCGCUUCAAAUCGAGAAGAUCGAAAGCGGCCCCGCGAGGAGGAAAAGGUGGCGAGUCAAUGCGUAUCAAGCACUCCGACCUUAGACACCGCCACUGGUCGGCGGACAAGGUGGAAUGAACCGACGAAUGCCUACUAUGCACAACACGUUGCGGAGUACAAGGCGCUGAUCGCCAAUGUGCCGCCGCCCACGGCGACGUCCAUGGCGAAGCUCUUCCAGGAGUCCACCUUCGAUCCUGUGACGACAUUCGAGUCAGUGUGGCUGCCUCCCCGGGCUCCUGCCGCGCUGCCGACCGCUGGUGCAUUGGAGCCGGUGCCGUUUGCAGUAGUAGUCGACGUACUGGCAGAUAUUAGCGCCACCGGCUCGCGGCUUGAGUGCUUAAAGCAGCUCACCUUUUUGCUUCUCGCCGUAAUCGAACGAUGCCCAGAGGAUUUGGUGCCGGUGAUGUACCUGGUGAUCAACAAGCACGCACCGCAGCACGAAGGCGUGGAGCUAGGCAUUGGGGAUGCGGUACUGGUGAAGGCGGUAGCUGAGUGCUGCGGCAUGACGGAAUCCCGCGCCAAAGAAGAGUACCGUCAAAGCGGCGAUUUGGCAGAAAUCGCGCAGAUGCACAAGCAGAAGCAAAGCACACUGAUGAAGCCGAAGGCGCUCUCCGCGCGGAGCGUGUUCAAGUCGUACAGGGAGAUCGCGAUGAUGAGCGGCAAGGAUGUGGUGCGGCGGCGGUCAGACUUGAUCAAGGGGCUGCUGCGUGACGCACAGGGGCCGGAGGUGAACCUGAUUGUGCGCGGGCUGCAGCAGAAAAUGCGCAUCGGCCUUGCCGAGCCGUCCGCCUUGGCAGCCGUCGGGUACGCCUUUGCUCUUCACUUCGUCGGUAGCGCGCAAAUGCACACCAUGAGUGAGGUGCAGCUCCAGACGCUGCUGAACUCCGGGGCCGACAGCCUCGCUCGUAUCUUCUACGAGGUGCCGAGUCUAGACGUGGUGCUGAGCGCGGUCCUAGCGAGCGGCUUCAUGAUUUUGGUGCCCGGUAGCUGCAUCGCGAAAGUGCACGCCAAGGAGCUGUCGAUUCGGCCUGGGCUGCCGGUGAAGCCUCAGCUGGCGCACCCGACAAGCGGCAUCACCGUCAUCCUGGACCGUCUGCAAGGCAAAAAGUUUACGUCGGAGUACAAGUACGACGGAGAGCGCGCCCAAAUUCACUACAGCGAGGAUAACGGCUUCCAUAUUUUUUCCCGCAACUCCGAGACACACACUGGCAAGUACCCUGACGUCAUCGCGAUAUUACCAAACACCUUUGACGCUGCCGAGGUACAGUCUUUCAUUAUCGACGCGGAGGUAGUGGCGGUGCAUCCGGAGACCGGGGCCCUGCAAGCCUUCCAGGUGCUGCAGCAUCGAGGUCGAAAGAACAUUGCGGAGAAAGAUGUUAGCAUUUCGGUCUGCUUGUUCGUGUUUGACCUAUUGUACUUGAACGGAGAGCCGCAGCUGAAUAAGACACUGCAGCAGCGCCGGGAGUUGCUCUGGCGCUACAUCCGUCCUCUCCCAGCAAAGCUGUGUUUUGCAGCGUACUUGGACUCUGACGACGUCGAGGACGUGCAAAAGUUCUUAGAGAAAUCCAUUGCGGAUGGCUGCGAAGGACUAAUGGUGAAGACGCUCGAGGAGGAGGCCACCUACACCCCUGCCAAACGCUCGCACUACUGGCUAAAGCUGAAGAAGGACUACAUGGACGGCGUCACCGAUACGCUGGAUCUCGUUCCCAUCGCCGCUUUCUAUGGCAAGGGCAAGCGAACUGGCGUGUUUGGCGGUUUCCUGCUCGCGUGCUACGAUCCGAAGGCGGACGAGUACCAGAGCAUCUGCAAAAUUGGUACUGGUUUCCAGGACGAAGAGCUGGAGAAGCUCACACAAUCAUUAAAGCCCUUCGUGGUACACGAUAAGCCGCGCUACUACCGCGCAGGUGGAGAAGAGCCGGACGUGUGGCUCACUGAGGCGCAAGUGUGGGAGGUGAAGGCGGCGGACUUGUCAGUGUCGCCAGUGCACCAGGCGGCCGUGGGGCUUGUUGACCCCAACAAAGGCAUUGCGCUGCGCUUCCCCCGCUACGUGCGACAGCGCGAGGACAAAAACCCUGUGGACGCGACGAACACGCAGCAGGUGGCUGAGAUGUACAAGGCGCAGUCCUUGGCAGUGCAACACGAUGCGAGCGGUGAUGCUGAGUGGGCUGUCACACGGACAGAGACGCCCUGA